AUGUCUACCUUCCCCCCUCCCCCGCGCAUUGACAUCACCAACUCUCCCUCCGCCUCCAGCUACAUGUUUGCCUCACAACUGCAACACGACUCCUCCGAAGAAGACAUAGCUUCCCUCCCGUCCUCGUCGGCAUCUGAUUCCUCCUUGGAGGACCAUAUCUCCAUGUACGAUGAAGAUGAUGAAGAUGACGAGUCCGAUGCAGAGGCAGAAUGGCGAGAGAGUAUGCGACAGCUGGAGCUCUUGGUGACGAUGGUGAUAAUACCGUUUGCGGGGAAGUUCUUGGGGCGGAAAUGCGCUUAUUGGGGAUGGGCCAAAUUCAUGGAGUGGCAAUACCCUUUCGAGGCAGUCAUCAAAGACAGGUCUCGGCCACGAAAAGUCGCUGCCGCUCUAUGA